AUGGCUCGACAGCGAUCAAGAGCAUCUGCCAAAGUGGGGGAUCGGAACACAAAUUUUUUUCAUGCAAGAGCAUCUGCCCGCAGAAGAAAUAACAAAAUAAGAUAUUUAGUACAAGAAGAUGGUACAAAAUGUGAAGAUCAAGAAGCUAUUAAACGUAUGGCUAUAGAUUUCUACUCAAAUUUGUUCUCUUCUGAACCAAAUGCUAAUAUUGAAGCCAUCCUUGAUGCAAUUCCUACCAAAGUGGAUCAAAAUAUAAAUGAAGAAUUAUGCAAACCAUAUACUGAUGAGGAGAUCAAAAAGGCAUUGUUUCAAAUGGGUCCAACAAAAGCUCCAGGCCCAGAUGGAUUUCCAGCUCUUUUUUAUCAACGACAUUGGGAUUUAUUGCACAAAGAAAUAUGUCAAGCAGUAGAAACGGUGGCUCAUGCCUUCAUCAAAUGUCAAUAUAUGGAAGAAAUAUGGCGUGAAAUGAAGAAAUGUGAAUCAGAAAGAAUGGGAGCUGGAUGUGUGAUACGGGACCACAAUGGAAAUUUCUUGGCUGCAACAAACCAAGUGAUUUGCAGAGUCUCUGAACCAGAAAUGGCUGAAGCUUUGGCUGUCCGAUGGGCUUUAAAGUUCAUCUGUGAUCAACACUUCAAGAAAGUGGUAAUUGCUUCGGACUGCUUAAACUUGGUACGAAAGCUCAUGCAAAAAAGUCUGGAUAGGUCUCAUAUAGGAGCAAUCGUCCAAGACAUCAAGAUGAUGAGAAACAACUUUGAUGAUAUUUCUUUUGUCUUUGUUAGUCGAAAUUGUAAUGAGGUAGCUCAUGUAUUAGCUAAGUCGGCUAACCAGACGGCUGGUUUGAUGUGUCUAAAUGAAGCCCCGGAGUCCAUUCGGGCUUUACUUUGUAAUGAUCUUCUAAGCACCGAAGAUGCUGUCGGCGUGGACGGAGUCGAGGUUCGGAACCUGGCGGCGAUAGAGGCGAGGUGCGCGUCGAGGUCCUCCCAGCGGAACCAGGCGGCGGUCAUGGAGCUGGAGCAGCACAUCAACGGCUCGGGCAACCUCGACCCAUCAGGCGCCGGCGCGGUGGUCACGCUCAAGGACGGCACCAAGGUCUGGGCGCCCAAAGCGUCCCGCAUCGCCUGCGAGGACGAGCCGCGGCCCAUGCUUCUGCGCGAGUGGAGCCUCUUCGACUCCAUGCUCUACGGCCUCAAGAAGCUCAAGCUGCUUCUCGCCCAUCUGGUGUCCCUCUCCCGAAAGUAG